UGCACAUUGACCUUCGACAACGAUUGCAUCUGCGCCCAAAGAUCACGAAGCGGAGCAUUCUGAAUGUGUAUGCUGUUUGCCAAGUCCUUAUUCACAAUCACGAGCAAUUAGAGAUCUGGUGAUUGUUAUGGCGGAGAGUUCUCUCCAGGACCGUUUGCGUGAACACGCAGCUGCAUUCGACGGCUUGCUGUCCCUCAUUCCAGCAAAGUUCUAUUAUGGCGAAGACACCAGUGAUCAAUGGAAGAAGAAAAAGCAAACCAAAGAGCAAGCAGCCGCAGCCCGACGCGCAAAACUCGAUCCAGAUUCUGCCAAGACUGCCAAAGAUGUUAUGGAUGAGCGAGCACGGAAGAGGAAGCUGGAAGAACUGGAAGAAUUGGGAGGAUCUGAUAUAGAGGGUGUGGAGAAAGAACAGCCAAAGGAGGGUAUGAAGCAGCCACAAGGGAAAAAGGCCAAGAAACAGAAGACCUCGGAUACGCAAGACACCCCAAAGACAGGGAAGAAGCAACAGGCGACUCCAGAUGAGAAACGAAAGCUUAAGCAGGAGCGGAAGAAAGAGAAGAAGUUGCAUAAGAAGGAAAAGGAAAAUCCAGCGGUUGACGAACCCGCAAAUGCGCCAAUCUCGAAACCUACGGCCUUAGAACAACCCGAAGAAUCAGACCAAGAUGCUAUGGACGAGGAAAACGGAGACCUAGCCAUGGUUGACAAUGUCGACCAGUCUGGUGAGAUGGCACAUUUCGAAGCCGACGGUCUAGAAGAAAAGCCCGAGCAGCAUGAAUCUGCCUCCCCCAGUCCUACCUCACCAUCACCUACCUUCGACAACCCCACAGAACCUAGCACCAACACCUCGACAUCAUCCGUCAUCCCUCCUGCCACUGCUCCAAAACACAUCAAACUCCCCACAGACCCGGAAUUGCUUAGAUCAAGACUGAAUGCCCGGAUAGAGGCUCUAAGAGCUGCACGAAAGGCAGACGGACCAGAUGGACGCCCGGCUCGAAAUAGACAAGAGCUCCUCGAAGCCAGGCGGAAGAAGGAAGAGCAACGUAAGGCUCACAAGAAGGAGCUUCGAAUGAAAGCCAAAGUGGAGGAAGAUGCACGUCGGGAAGCUGCUCUUGCAUCUGCACGAGACUCACCCGUGUCCAGCAUGAUGAGCCCCGCCAUACAUUCUCCAGACCACAACUUCUCUUUCGGACGCGUUUCAUUUGCCGAUGGUCAAGAACUCGCGGAAAAUCUGACAUCCUUGAAGAACGCACCCAGGAAGCGGGGACCACAAGAUGCUGCUACAGCAUUUCGUGCUACCGAGACCAAGAGACAGCGAAUUGCUGGACUCGAUGAGGAGAAAAGAGCCGAUAUCGAGGAGAAGGACUUAUGGCUCAAUGCUAAGAAGCGGGCACAUGGUGAAAAGGUUCGGGAUGACACUUCCUUACUCAAGAAGACCUUGAAGCGGAAGGAGAAGUCCAAGAAGAAGAGUGAGAAGGAGUGGACAGAGAGGAAGGAAGGAGUUGCCAAGAGUCAAGCGAUGAAGCAGAAGAAGCGAGAGGAGAAUCUUCAGAAGAGACGAGACGAAAAGGGUACAAAGGGCAAAGGCAAGGGGAAGGGGAAGUCGGUCAAGUCCAAGAAGCCAAAGGUUAAGAGCAGACCAGGCUUUGAAGGCAGCUUUGGUUCUGGCAAGCGAAAAUAGGAGCGAUGUAGUUAAUCGUUGCUGGCAAUAUUAUGUAAAUGUG